AUGGUGUACAAAUUUAUUUUCUUAUAUGUCGAUGACAUUAUUCUCACAGAUAAUGAUCAUAAUGCAAUUCAAUCUCUUCUCCACGAUCUACACUCGACGUUCGCACUCAAACAGCUCGGCCAAAUCAACCUUUUCCUCGGCAUACAGGUUCAACAUACACCUCAAGGUCUUUUCUUAACUCAAGCCCAUUAUGCAGCAACUCUGCUCAACACUGCUGGGAUGACGGACUGCAUAAGCUCUCCCACCCCGCUAGCUCCAACAUCCAAAUCAAAACCAAGCACCGAUCAGCCGUUUCAAGAUCCCUCCUUGUACCGUCGUCUAGCCGGAUCGCUACAAUAUUUAUCAAUCACGCAGCCAGACAUCGCCUUCGCAACCAAUAGAGCCUGUCAGCAUAUGCAAUCUCCUACUGUUCAAAACUUCCAAGACAUUAAACGCAUUCUGCGCUACAUCAAAGGAACCAUUAAUUUCAGUCUACCUAUUGUCACCGGUGAUCUUCAGCUGCAGUCCUACUCCGAUGCGGACUGGGCGUAA